UGGGAAGGCGUCGGGAUCCGUAGGCGAGGAAAUAACGACCCCUGCAGUUGCAUUGCGGAAAAUCUCGGCGGCGGUGCUAGUUGCGGACGAUGGAAGCGAGGCAACUGCGGGGUCUGGGGAGCCCUGGAAAAUAGCCGAAAAGCAGAAAGCGCGCGUGCAACGAGGGGAGUCAGUGAGGCUCCCGACUCACCCCAGUCCCGGGAGCCUAGCCUUGGGCUCGGCAUCCUGGAAGCAUCGCCUGAACCCAGCUUGGAGGCGGCAGGCGGCGCGAGGACUUGGGGAGCAGGGAGGGUCAACGGAGGCAGCUGGUGACCUGUGUUUUCGGGCAAUAAUCUCCGCUUCUCUCUCUUUCUCUGUGUGCGGUGUCUGCUCCUCUCCCCCCCCUUACCCUCCGGAAGCAGGAGAACCGACCUGAUCAGAGACAGCUGCCACCCUUUGACCAUGCCCCGGUGAAGGGGGGCGGACUUCGAGGGCAACUUGUCGCGGACUACCUGGGCUCAGCUAGCACACGGAAAGAGAGCAAGAGCCAGGAACUGCAUAGCUCGGCCCAGCGGGGGGCUGUUGUCUAUGUCUUCUUGGGGCGCCCGGCGGAUCGGGGUCUCGGUUUUGCAGGAAAAGCCCAGCGCUGUUGGCUUCAGGUGGCUGCCGCCGCCGCCGCCGCGGUCGCCGCAAGUGCCGUUUCCGCCGCUGGUGAGAGGAGCAGAGACACAAGAGCGGGGAGACCUCCGAGGCAACGAGGCAUCGGACAUGUGUCAGCACAUCUGGGGAGCACAUCCGAAGAGCCCGAGGGGAGAUUUGCCGAAACAAUUCAAACUGCGUUAUUGAUCUUGGGGGUGACUGUCCCUGGUCGGCUGUCGGGUGGGAGCGCGAGUGUGCGCUCUCUGGAGAGUGUGUGCGUGUGUGUAUGUGUGUACCGUGUCGGGCUCCCCCCUUUCCCCCUGUUUUCCCGUCGAGUGAUGCACCUGGAAUGAGAAUCAGAGGAUGGAAAUAGUCUGGGAGGUGCUUUUUCUUCUUCAAGCCAAUUUCAUCGUCUGCAUAUCAGCUCAACAGAAUUCACCAAAAAUCCAUGAAGGCUGGUGGGCAUACAAGGAGGUGGUCCAGGGAAGCUUUGUUCCAGUUCCUUCUUUCUGGGGAUUGGUGAACUCAGCUUGGAAUCUUUGCUCUGUGGGGAAGCGUCAGUCCCCUGUCAACAUAGAGACCAGUCACAUGAUCUUCGACCCCUUUCUGACACCUCUUCGUAUCAACACUGGGGGCAGGAAGGUCAGUGGGACCAUGUACAACACUGGAAGGCAUGUGUCCCUCCGCCUGGACAAGGAGCACUUGGUCAAUAUUUCAGGAGGGCCCAUGACAUACAGUCACCGCCUGGAAGAGAUCCGGCUACACUUUGGGAGUGAGGACAGCCAAGGGUCUGAGCACCUCCUCAACGGACAGGCUUUCUCUGGGGAGGUACAACUCAUCCACUAUAACCACGAGCUAUACACAAAUGUCACAGAAGCUGCAAAGAGCCCAAACGGAUUGGUGGUAGUUUCUAUAUUUAUAAAAGUUUCUGAUUCAUCAAACCCAUUUCUUAAUCGAAUGCUCAACAGAGAUACUAUCACAAGAAUAACAUAUAAAAAUGAUGCAUAUUUACUACAGGGACUUAAUAUAGAGGAACUUUAUCCAGAGACCUCUAGUUUCAUCACUUACGAUGGGUCGAUGACUAUCCCACCCUGCUAUGAGACAGCAAGUUGGAUAAUAAUGAACAAGCCUGUGUACAUAACCAGGAUGCAGAUGCAUUCCCUACGCCUCCUCAGCCAGAAUCAGCCAUCGCAGAUCUUUCUGAGCAUGAGUGACAACUUCAGGCCUGUCCAGCCACUCAACAAUCGCUGUAUCCGCACCAACAUCAACUUCAGUUUACAGGGGAAGGACUGUCCUAACAACAGGGCCCAGAAGCUGCAGUACAGAGUAAACGAAUGGCUCCUCAAGUAGGGAACUAAGCCAAGAAGAAUCCCACCUCAGUGAAAUUCUACAACUGUGAAUUGACGUAACCCAGAAUGCCCCCCUUCCCUGUCCUUCCUCCCCUAAGCCGCUCACUCUUUGGAUUGGCCCCUUUUUCAUGAAAAUUGUCUGCAAAAAUGUUUCAGAGGGGGACAUCUCUAAACACAUACAUACACACACAUAAACACAGGUACACACAUUCACACUCACACACGAAUAUACACACACACAUACACACACAUAAACACAAGUACACACAUAUUCACACACACAUACUCAUACACACAUACACACACAUAAACACAAGUACACACACAUUCACACACACAUACUCAUACACAAAUACAAACACAUGUGCGCGUGCGCACGUGCACACACACACACACACACACACACGCACCACCUCCAUGAGGGGAAAGCCAAGUUUCAGAAAUAAAGGUUCAUUCAUCAAAGGUCUUAGAAGAAAACAACCAGUUAACCUGAUUACAAUUUUGAUACUGUUUUCCUGAACUAAUAACUCAACCCAAUGGGACUUCUCAGCCUUUGUAUAUACAAAAUUCUUCCAAAAGAGAGUGGGGAUAAAAACACCGCUCUAAAAGCAUCAAGCGGACUCUGCAUCUCAUUGUUCCUGACAGUGUCCUGGGCUACUCCGAGGGUGCUGUGACAGGUGAAAAAGGACAAAGCUGACCAAGGACACUUAUUUCUAGAUUACGAUUCUUCUGUUUACUCAAUGAUUUAAAAAGAAAAUCUUCAAAAAAAAUAAAUUAAAGGACAGACAUCAAAGAGCUAUACGUUGUAUAUAUUUAUCACCGCAGACUAUAAGAAUGGAAUUAUUUCCCUCUCUGUCACAUAACUGUACUAGGACUUGCCCGAGAUCAGAAUCGAUCCAUUCGCUGUUUCUUGUUUUCCGAAGGUCAUACAUUGUGUUUGGUUAUCGUUAACAGCCCAAUAAAUGUGUUUAAUGCGUUGAUUUCAUUUUUCUGGCUUUGGUCUGUUCUCCUUCCUGCCAGGCUAAGCCCCAGCCCCAUGCAGCUACCUUCUUGGGUCUCCUGUGUCCCUUCGUCUCCAUGUUUUGUUCAUUUGCAGCCAGUUUUACUGAGUUUGUGGCAAGCAGGAAUGCAUUUGCUAAGCAGGUAUAUCUAUCUUUCACUCCACUCCAUGGCUUCCUUCAUCCCAGGUGAGCUUUGCCUGACAUAGCAGGCGACAGAUUCCUUGCGUUUCAAAACUGCCAUACCCCCUCCCCCAACCCCUGUGAUGCUCCCAAAGGAAUGCACUUUGCCUUGUAAAUUCCUGGGAAAUUGGGGUAUCUUUUCUCUCCAGGUGCAGCCAGAUCUCACAAAGUACAAACGAAUGCCUUUCUUUUCUUGUUUAUAAUGGUCACUCACUGUGUUUGGUUACUGUCAGAAAAAAAAAAUCAAUAAAUGUGUUUAACAAGUUA